ACUACACACCUCUCGCUCAGAGAGAGAGCUGGCAAGGCAAGAUGAAGCCUUGGGCUGGUUUCCACUUGAUUUUCCUGGUUGCUAGUUCUGUGGAGGGAGAAGUCUCAAAUCAUGGCACUGGAGGACUCCAGGACACUGAAGCCACUUGCUGUGCACAGUUGAAGGGCUUAACACAAUGCGGAAGUGACAAGAUUCUUCUCCAAGGUCAGGCUGGGAUACCUGGAAUUCCAGGUGUGCCAGGAACAAAUGGAUCACCAGGGCUAAAGGGUGACCCAGGUCCUCAGGGGCCCCCAGGUGAAAGAGGAUCUGCUGGGAUAACUGGAAAAGCUGGACCGAAAGGAGACGAAGGAGACAAAGGCGACAAAGGAGAUGCCUGCAGCUUAGACAAUUGUCAACCAAAAGAGACAGAAGCCAGAAACUGCAAAGAUCUCCUGGAACGUGGGGAGACCCUGAGUGGCUGGUAUACAAUCUACCCAACCAAGGGGAAUCCAAUGGUGGUUUUCUGUGAUAUGGAGACAGAUGGAGGAGGCUGGUUGCAAUUCCAGAGGCGGCAGGAUGGGUCUGUUGAUUUCUACCGUGACUGGGAAUCAUACAAGAAAGGAUUUGGGAGGCAAGGAUCAGAAUUCUGGCUGGGCAAUGAUAAGAUCCAUCUUCUCACCAGCUCUGGAACACAGCAGUUGAGGAUUGAUCUUGAAGAUUUCAAUGGUUCCAAAACCUUUGCAACAUAUUCCAGUUUCAGAAUCGCAAAUGAAAGUGAAAAUUACAAAUUAAUAUUGGGUUCCUAUUUGGAUGGCAACAUGGGUGAUUCUCUCUCAGGAAAGAAGGACCAUGCAUUCUCUACCAAAGACAGAGACAAUGAUAUCUAUGAGGGAAAUUGUGCCGUAAGUUUCAAAGGAGGCUGGUGGUACACUAACUGCCACUCUUCCAACCUGAAUGGCCUGUAUCACAAAGGGGAACAUACCUCUUAUGCUGAUGGCAUCAACUGGGCUACCGGAAAAGGGUACUAUUAUUCUUACAAGUAUGCAGAUAUGAAAGUUAGACCACAAUAAAUGAAACCACAGUUUGACAGAUUCUUCAAUAGCCAUCACCUCAAAAGUACUAGCAGAUUAAUAUCCUUCUCUAUUUUCUACCUGAAAAAGCAAAUUAAAAUGCAAUCAAUUUUAAAACUG